AUGGCCUUAAAACCCUGUGAUUUUGGGGACGAUGAAGAAGGCCGGGAACUUGAAAAAUCCAGAAAAGAAUACGUACAAGUGCUGCGUGAUUUAAGAAAACAACACCCUGAAGAGGAUAUAGAAACGGUCGAGCGCAUGGCACUAGAAACAUUAAUGGCAAAAGGGCCAAAAUCUCGUGCAUUUUACAGGGUGGCAGCUACGCGUAAAAUGACUGGUGGUGAAUCAGAAGUCCCAGAUAAUGUUGUCCGGAAGUUAAUGUCACCAAGGCAACAAGUAUUUAUGGAAUUAUUACAGACUGAGUCGAACUAUGUUGGAAUACUACAAACAAUUGUCGCAAUGUUCAAACAACCGCUUGAAGAAAUGGCAGAGGAAGAUACGAAUAAUGGCAAAAACCAGGCAUUGCUGAACAACACGGAACUCAAGAUUAUAUUUGGGAGCUUACCACCGAUAUUUGAAUUACAUCAGUAA